UGCUCAAUCGUCAAACGUCAGUGUAAUGUCAAUAGUUUAUUUACACUUACUUUAAACUUUUACUUUAUUGAUUGUACUUAUUAAUAAUAUAACAAAAAAAUACUAACGGCUGUAUAUGCAUUAAAACAUAUCUAAGGCAAAGCCAUUAAAAAAAUAGCCAUGAGUCGCGCACAAAAUAAUAUGAAAAAGAUUAAAUCUCUCUGUUACCUUACAUUAGGCGGUGCAAUUUCUUAUCAAGUAAUAUAUUACAAAAAGGAUUUCAGAGGUUAUUACGAAAAUGUAUUACAACCUGUAAGCCAGUUAUUGAACCCUGAAUGGGCACAUAACCUUGGUGUAUCAGCAUUAAAAUAUGGUAUUUUUCCUUCUGAAAAUUUUGAUGACCCUGCCGUGUUGAAAACUACGUUUUUAAAUUACAAUCUCAAAAAUCCUAUUGGCAUAGCUGCUGGCUUCGAUAAGCAUGGUGAUGCAGUGAAAGGCCUAAGAAAUAUUGGUUUUUCUAUUGUGGAAAUUGGAUCAGUGACACCUGAACCUCAACCCGGCAAUCCAAAGCCUAGAGUCUUUCGACUUCCGGAGGAUCAAGCUGUUAUUAAUAGAUAUGGCUUUAAUAGUGAAGGACACAACAUUGUCUUUGAUAAAAUUAAAGACAUGGACAAAACACUCUUAGAUAAAGGAUUACUGGGUAUAAAUUUGGGCAAAAAUAAGAAUUCCACAAAUGCAAUUGGCGAUUAUAUAUUAGGGAUACAGAAAUUUUAUAAAAUAGCAGAUUAUUUUGUUAUUAAUAUAAGCAGUCCCAAUACUCCAGGAUUGAGGUCCUUACAGAACAAAGAAGAAUUACAGAAACUACUAAAUGCAGUCAACAAAACGAUAGAAUCUCUAGAUAUAGCAAAAAAACCUCCACUAUUACUUAAACUUGCCCCAGACUUAAAUAUUGAGGAAAUGAAAGACAUUGUAUCUGUUAUUUUGAACAAAAAUACUAAAGUUGAUGGUCUUAUCAUAUCCAACACAACAAUAGAUAGGUCUAAUCUGAAUAAUACAGAAUUUUCUCAAGAGUCUGGUGGACUCAGUGGGAAGCCAUUGGGAAAUAAAUCUACAGAAAUGAUAAAGACCAUGUACAAGCUCACAAGAGGAAAAGUACCUAUCCUUGGAGUAGGUGGUAUAUUUAGUGGACAGGAUGCCUAUGAAAAAAUACUAGCUGGAGCCAGUGCUGUGCAAAUUUAUACUGCCCUUAUAUACUAUGGACCACCAAUUGUAACAAAAAUUAAAUCAGAAUUAGCCGAGUUACUGCAGAGAGAUGGUUACAGCUGUGUUGAUGAUGCUGUUGGAAAGGGUGUAAAAUUGUGAUGAACAAUAAAAAUACAAUAUAUGUUACAACAAAUC